AUGAAUCGUCAACAGAGACCCAAUCUCAAGAACGGCGUAGACCUCCAGCUGCAGUCUGCCUUCAACGAUGGCAACUGGGCUGCUGUGAUCCGUCUUGCAGAGAAGCGGGCCCGGACCUUCAACGACCAAUAUUAUGAGAUUGUGAAAAUAUGUGCUGAAAGCCAACUGGAUGACCCCAGCUCCAAGUUCGCGGCCAUAACCGCCAUUGACAAGUACGUCAGAGAGGGAACCGUUGUCAAAGAUGUCGAGGCCAUAGACCUCCUUGAAUGGGCUAGCCAAGGCCUGAACAGUGAAGAGGAUUUUCCAGAGACACUUGGACCGUUGAGGGCACGUCUCGUGAAGGCUGCGCCCAAGGACAAAAUUAACGCCAGCCGCUGCUUGGAGUCAUGCUUAUUGCACUGGGAUCUUGUCAGCGCGCAACAGAUCGCGGCGAUUUUGGACCGGACAUUUCCUCAAGAGCGGAGCUUUAUGUUUUGGAACAUUGUGAUCACACAUUUAUUGGCGACUAGCCCUCAAUCACCUCCGGAAAAGAAGAAGUUAUAUGGGAUGCUCGCAUUGAAGCAGAUUCAACGUGCUGCGCAAUUAGCUGAAGAAGUAGCUGCGACUACCGGGAGCGAAGACGCCAAGCCACAGCCGCGAAGUAUCCAAACAGAAGAAGAGAUCCUACUGUUAUACGAUGUAACUGAAAAGCAUGGUUCUAAGGAUGACUGGGCAAAACUCGUCUCAAGUCCCGUCUUCAGUCCGCUUGUUCAGUUCCGAAAGGGCAGGAAGGAGUUGGUGCUACGGACCGUUUCUCGCUACCAGCAAGAACAGCAGUUCGAAGCUAUUUUCGAGUUGUGCAAGGAUUGCUUAUCGAUCGAGGACGAAAACGGUCAACCGAGUCUCAUGGCGGCGGACUGGAAAGUCUGGCGGCAAUUUAUCGAAGCCGCUGCUGAGAUCAAGAAUACCAAGCCAGACAUCGAAGAAACUGUCCAACAACUUCUAUUGAAGUUCAUCAAGUCACCAAAUCUACGACCCAUCUACAAACGCAUUAUUCUAUUGGCUCGUGUCUCAGCAGCCUUCAAUCUUGCAUCAAAUGACGAGGAUGAUCUUGUUGAGAACGAACCUGCGUCAUUCCGACUCAAGGAGCUGAUCAGCUACGUGAAAAGCCAGGGAAUGAAUGCCGCGUGCUUCGAUGACAUCAAAGCUUUUGCAGAGAGACUCAGUUCAUCUGCAUUAAAGUACAUGGCGUACGAGUUUGUUCCGACGCUGGCUCAGGCUACAGAGGACGAGAUUCAGUCGGCUAGAAUAAGCAACCUUGCAUUCAAGCUACAGUACUUUGCAGCCACAUGCCCCUGUAUGUACAGCACGGUACCUGGCGAAAAGCCUCUGCGCAAAUGUCUUGUCUCUGGUGUUGAAGUCGAUGCUAGCUCACCAGGGCCUGCUUUCUCAACCAUCGCCGAGACUGCACUCAAGGCUCAUCAGUCGCUAUCUGGCUUGACUUCAAAAAGCUCUGCUAUCGAGGCUGAGAUCAGACCGGAACUGGCAGUUAUCAUUGGUCUUUCCAUCAUCCAAACUGCAUUUCCUCCAUCCACCGAUAUCUCGAUCAUUCCUAUCUCUUACGCCCCCCUCCUGCGAGCCCUCCUGUUCCUCGAACACCAGCUCACUUUGACACCGAAACACAGCAUCAUCUCCCUUCUUCUAGUACAACUGCAUCUUCGAGUUGGUUCAUCGUCUCGUGCCCGAGAAAUCUGGGAUACACUGGGCGUCAAGCGCACCAUCAUGGACUCCCUCGCCCCCAUUUUCUACGACCGCUUGUCGACAAUUUCACCUGCACUUAUUUCACCAUCGGACGAGACCGGUUGGGAACUUCUAGACUUGCUGAGCUCUCACUUCAACGUGUCGCUGAAGCUUAGAAUGCCUAGACGGCUAAUAGAUGCUUUCGAGUCGGGAAGUUAUAGCAGUGUAAUCGAUAUCCCCGAAUACAUGGAAAACCUGCGGUGGAGCUGCACACGAGCGAUGAGUCUGGUCGAGGAGACUAGAACCGAUCGCAUCAUGGGAGAACACUUCUCAGAGGUGUUUACCGAUCCUCGAUUCACCGAAGUUGCCGACGAUAUGAAACUGGUUGAGACCGUAGACUAUGGAUCUUUCCCGUCAUGGGAUUGCAGUUCUCAACCGCCUGUCUACUCCCGUUUGCGAAUUGGACCACCGCCAACAAAUCGCCGCGCCCAUCUGUCCCUCCUCUCUGAAGCAUUCCAUGAACUCUUGGGUUACAAGCCUCCUCCCAUUUACAAGGCUUCUGCGACAGCAGCCAUUCCCGACCAAAUCUUUGUCCUCGAAUCACUCAGUCAACUUAGCAAUUCUUUCAUGAAGUUCUCUAACGGUCCUAGAGGCGACCUCACUCCACAGGAGGCAACCUACUUUGAGGUCAUCAGCCUACUCAGCACUCUCAUUCCUUUCGCAACCGGCAUCAACAGGGCCAAGCCCAUCCCCGAAGAGUUUUUCCAGAUCGUGGACACUCUGAAGAUUGCCAUAGAUAUACUCAAGCUAGAGCUCAUGCCUCUCACAAACGCCUCCGAGCAAGUCACGACUCUGAGCACGCUUCAUUCUCUCGCCAUUCUCCGCGAUACUUCCGUCGCUGUAAAGAACUCAGCCCAAUGGGUUAUCGCUUCCAAUGAUCGCGAAAAGGAGCGUGAUCGCUCCGGAAAGAGUAACCUUCCGAAAGAGGUAAUGGCACAGAUCAAGGAGCUUGUGACUGUAUCUGAGGCUACACUCAAGGAGGGCAAGGCCACCGUGGCGAAGAUAAAAGAUCAUGUGUAUGGAAGAGACUUUGAGCCCGUAUUAAGAGCAUGGGUUUUUGAAGACGCAGAUAACAUUCUGGGUAUCGUUGGAGAGGCAACAACGAAGAAACUCGUCAAAAGCUGGGAAUCUAACGUUAAGGGGUGGACUCAGGUAGCGUGGAGUUAG